CAUAUAUAAAGCUAUAAAUCCAGGUUCAUUGUGAGCCGGAGGGUCCUGUCUCCAAGUGGGAACAUUUGCCGCCCGUCCCAUUGAAUCGGCGAAUCGGCGUUCCCAGUGUCCACGGAAAAAGUUCCUUCCGCGAUGGCAUCGAAGAGAAUCCUCAAAGAGCUCCGGGACUUGCAGGGAGAUCCUCCAACUUCAUGCAGUAAAGGCCCGGUGGCUGAAGAUAUGUUCCAUUGGCAAGCGACCAUCGUCGGUCCGAACGACAGUCCAUAUUCCGGCGGAGUUUUUCGGGUGAAGAUUCAUUUUCCGCCGGACUACCCUUUCAAGCCUCCAAAGGUAGCUUUCAGGACCAAAGUAUUCCAUCCAAACAUCAACAGCAACGGGAGCAUAUGCUUGGACAUCCUCAAGGAGCGAUGGAGUCCGGCCCUCACUAUAUCCAAGGUAUUGCUAUCGGUAUGUUCUCUGCUCACGGAUCCGAACCCGGACGACCCGCUUGUGCCGGAGAUCGCUCACAUGUACGAGAGCAACAGACCCAAAUACGAAGCCAUGGCCCGGAGCUGGACUCAGAAGUAUGCCAUGGGCUGAAGAAGUUCAUGAUCGAGAAAGAUUAAGAGGGGCAAUAGAUAAGAAGUCGCUUUUACUAGAAUAAAUUGUGCUUUGGAAGUUACAAGGCCUCUUCAGAUUCGAUUCUCUAGUGUCGUUUCUGGGGUCUUGAUUUUUGACUUUCGAGCUCCGAAUAAGAUGAUGGAAUUUCAUUCGCUCUUU